AUUACCAACACUUCAAAACGAACCAUAUACAAAUUUGGCCUAGAUCCUCAUGAGUUAGCGGACUCGCACCAUAUCGCGAGUAUUAGUGCUCGUGACCGGUUACUGCACAUCGUGAAGAAAAACUCUUCUCCAACUAACAACUUGCCAGCCACCCUCGCCAGUCUGAGUAGACAAAAAUGGUGGCAACCACUCACCGGAGGUGGCUUCUUCUCCCCGUUCGCCGUCUUCCUAGCAGACAACCCAUGAAAACGCCCGUCUGCAUCCCGAUCCCCACACGAAACCGCGCCCGCCUCCCGCGCUGCCACCUUUCCCGUUCGAGUGACCCCACCCCCACCUCUGAGGCACAGGCUACCGACUCCCUGCGCGUUGCCUUCGCGUGCGGCGGCGCGGGGGGGCACGUCUAUGCCGCGUUCGCGCUCGCCGAAGAGGUCCAGGCCUCGCUCCCUGGCUCCCGCUCCCUCUUCCUCGGCGCCCCCGCCCCGUCCCUCGAGUCCGCCACCGCCGCGUCUUCCUCAUACCCAUUCGCCCCCGUCCCUCCUUGCCUCCCCCGCGCGCUCCUCGCCGCGGCGCUGCACCUCUACCACUUCCGCCCCCACGUCCUCGUCGCCACCGGCGGUCCCCCCGCCCUGCCCAGCUGCCUCGCCGCGCUGCUCCUGGGACUCCCUUUCGUGAUCCAGGACCAGGACGCCGGCCCCGCCCCUGCCACCCGCCUCCUGGCCCCCCUCUCUCGCCGUGUCUUUCUCGCGUUCAACGCGCCCGUCCGCCUCCUCCCGAAGCGCAAGUGCGCCGUCUACGGGAACCCCGUCCGCAUGUCCAUCCGCAACCGCAGGAUGUCCAAGGCCGCCGCCAUGGCGCGUUUCUUCCCCAGGGCAGGGCUGGUGGAGGCGGAGGGGAUGGAGGUCGUGCUUGUGCUCGCCGGGACGGUGGGAUCGCCGCAGAUCAAUGUGGCAGUACUUAACAUGUAUUACGAGAUGCUGUCGAGAAGGAAAAAUAGGUACAUUAUAUGGCAGACGGGACCAGAGGAUUUCUGCGAGAUGGAGAGCCUCGUCAGGGCGCAUCGCCGGCUGUUUCUGACACCAUUCUUGCAUGAAAUGGACAUGACAUAUGCUGCUACUGAUGUUGUCGUUUCUCGAGCUGGUUCUGUGGCUUGCACUGAGAUAUUGGUCACUGGGAAACCGGCAAUUCUGAUACCCUUACCGACAAUUGUGGAUGACCAUCAAACGAAAAACGCGUAUAUCAUGGCAGAUGUCAUGGGAGCAAGGGUCAUAACAGAAGAUGAACUUGAUUCUAGUAGCCUAACAUGCAUAAUUGAUGAAAUUGUUGGUGAUGAGAAAUUGAUGGCAGAGAUGUCUCAGAAGGCACUAAAUGCUGCUCGACCAAAUGCUUCGGCUGAUAUUAUUCAUCACAUCUGUUCACUGAUUGGCCGAACUAACCUGACAUAAAUCUUGUUUUGCACAUUACACGAACUCUUGUUUGCAGUAAUCCAUGCGCUAGUAUUAGUUGCUGGGAUGCUGUGCAGCAGAACGGCAUCUCAUUCUUGAAGUCGAGACUGAAGAUAUAAUUAAUCUACUCCGUAUUUUGGUUCACUUGAACGACAAAGCAUCCAGGUAGGGAAUGGUGCCUCCAGGAGUCCAGGUACUGCUUACUUGGGCUGUCACGUUCAGUAAGUAAUAAAAAGAUUCUAGUGCUACUAACUGUUAAAGAAGACCUCCUAACUGAGACCUGAGAGUAUGCAAAUUUACUCUAGUGUGGCAGAAUUGCUGAAUCUAAAACUAACUUAAGACUUCAGAGCAUUGUACUCUGCAUCUGCCUUUUUACAAAGGCUUAUCUCCCAUUUCAUUCAGAAGGCUGAACUCCUUGGUGAAGCUUAGUAUUCCCUCACUCCCACACGGAGGGCUGGAAAAAAAGCUUGAAGCUCGCGAGCUAAAUGAGUAGCUCGUGACUCGGCUCGAAUCGACUCGAACUCGAAGAAUAACAAGUCGAGCCAAGCUUUAUUUUAAGAUCGUUUAUAGAUCAAGUUAAACGAGCCGAGUUCACGAGUACUCGUGUAACUCGUUAGGCUCGGUAUAAAACUCACCCACCCAGCACCACCUUGCAUCCCAGGCCAGUCGCAUAGGCACAACACAGGGUCCAUCCGUGUAACACUAGGCCCAACCACCUAGGACACACACGCCACAAUAGUGAGAGACCAGUAUGUCAAUUCCUGUCCCGUCUCAUCUAUAUCUGAAUCAUGAGUUCGCGACAGCGGCAGUGCUGUGUAAACCCACCUCUCGGGUCAUGUACAUGUUGCUAACUUGUUGAUUAUUGUGAUCAUGUACCAUUGUAUGUGGAAUUGUGGUCAUGUACAUGUACUGACUUUGUGGUCAUGUACAAGUUAUAAGUUAAGCUACUUACAAUUGUGGUCAUGUUGAUGGUACUAACAGUUGUAAGUUAAGCUACUUACAAUUGUUUGUGAACAUCGUACAUGAUUAAUAUGUACAUGUUACAUUCCCAAUUAAUUUUUUUUAUCAUA